AUGGCGCCCGCGCUGAGCAGGACCCUGGGCCCGUCGUCGGUGGCGGCGCUGCGGCCGAGCCCGUCGCGGGGGCUGCCGCGGGCCGCGCUCGCGCCGCAGGGGAGGAGGCCCGCCGGCGCCAGAGGGGUCAGGUGGGAGGCCGGGAGGGGCCGGCUGGUCGGCGCGAGGUGCGCCUCCGCCGUCGCCGAGAAGGCCGCCGGCGAGGAGGAGGAGGCCGCCGGGGAGGAGUUCGAGUACCAGGCCGAGGUUAGCCGCCUGAUGGAUUUGAUUGUUCACAGCCUCUACAGCCACAAGGAAGUGUUCCUUCGGGAGCUUGUGAGUAAUGCGAGUGAUGCCUUGGAUAAGCUGAGAUUUCUCAGUGUAACUGAUCCAUCCGUGCUGGCUGAUGGUGGUGACAUGGAAAUAAGGAUUAAACCUGACCCUGAUGCUGGCACAAUAACUAUCACUGAUAGUGGCAUUGGGAUGACAAAGGAUGAGCUCAAGGACUGCCUUGGAACUAUCGCACAAAGUGGUACCUCCAAAUUUUUGAAGGCUCUGAAGGAGAACAAGGAGCUUGGUGCAGAUAAUGGACUUAUUGGUCAAUUUGGUGUUGGAUUUUAUUCGGCUUUUCUUGUUGCAGAGAAGGUUGUGGUGUCCACUAAGAGUCCCAAGACAGAUAAGCAGUAUAUAUGGGAAGCUGAGGCUAACAGUAGCUCAUACGUUAUCAGGGAAGAGACUGAUCCUGAGAAAAUGCUGACACGUGGAACACAGAUUACUCUCUUUUUAAGAGAGGAUGAUAAGUAUGAAUUUGCUGACCCUACGAGGAUUCAAGGUCUAGUUAAGAACUACUCGCAGUUUGUUUCGUUCCCCAUUUUUACAUGGCAGGAGAAAUCUAGAACAGUUGAGGUUGAAGAAGAGGAGUCAAAAGAAGCCGAAGAGACAGCAGAGGGUGAGAAGGAGAAGAAGAAGAAAACUAUCACUGAGAAGUACUGGGAUUGGGAAUUGGCAAAUGAAACAAAGCCAAUAUGGGUGAUGAGAAAUCCAAAGGAAGUUGAGGAAACCGAGUACAAUGAAUUUUACAAGAAGGCAUUCAAUGAGUUUUUGGAUCCUCUAGCUCAUGCACACUUUACAACAGAGGGUGAGGUGGAAUUUAGGAGUGUUCUCUACAUCCCAGGAAUGGCACCACUUAGCAAUGAGGAGAUAAUGAACCCUAAGACCAAAAAUAUUAGGUUGUAUGUCAAGAGGGUUUUCAUUUCUGAUGACUUUGAUGGCGAGCUGUUCCCCAGGUACUUGAGCUUUGUCAAAGGUGUUGUUGACUCGAAUGAUCUCCCUCUGAAUGUUUCUCGUGAGAUUCUUCAAGAAAGUCGUAUUGUCAGGAUCAUGCGCAAGAGACUUGUUAGGAAGACUUUUGAUAUGAUUCAGGAUAUUGCUGACAAGGAUAACAAGGAGGACUACAAGAAAUUUUGGGAGAGCUUUGGCAAAUUUAUGAAACUUGGUUGCAUCGAGGACUCAGGGAACCAGAAGCGCCUUGCUCCUUUGCUGCGGUUUUAUUCCUCCAAAAAUGAAACGGAUUUGAUAAGUCUGGAUCAGUAUGUGGAGAAUAUGCCCGAGACCCAGAAGGCAAUCUAUUAUAUUGCUACAGAUAGUCUUCAGAGUGCAAAGACCGCUCCUUUCUUGGAAAAGCUGCUUCAGAAAGAUAUUGAAGUUCUCUACCUUAUUGAGCCGAUUGAUGAGGUAGCUAUUCAGAAUCUGCAGACGUACAAAGAGAAAAAGUUUGUUGAUAUCAGCAAGGAAGACCUAGAAUUGGGCGAUGAGGAUGAGGACAAGGAAGAAACCAAGCAGGAAUACACUCUUCUUUGUGACUGGAUAAAGCAGCAGCUGGGUGACAAAGUUGCCAAGGUCCAAAUUUCGAAGCGACUCAGCUCUUCACCAUGUGUUCUUGUAUCUGGCAAGUUUGGUUGGUCGGCUAACAUGGAAAGGCUUAUGAAAGCACAGACGCUUGGUGACACAUCAAGCUUGGAGUUCAUGAGAGGAAGAAGAAUUUUUGAAAUCAACCCCGACCACCCUAUUGUCAAGGACUUGAGUGCUGCUUGCAAGAACGAGCCAGAGAGCACCGAAGCCAAGAGGGCAGUUGAGUUGCUGUACGAGACUGCCCUGAUCUCCAGUGGAUAUACUCCUGAGAGUCCAGCGGAGUUGGGGGGCAAGAUCUACGAGAUGAUGACCAUCGCGCUUGGCGGGAGAUGGGGUAGAUCCGGCACCGACGAGGCUGAGACCAAUGCCGACGUCGACUCUUCGGAAGGUGUUGUAACGGAGGUCGUUGAGCCGUCCGAAGUCAGGACUGAGAACGAGAAUGACCCAUGGAGAGAUUAG